AUGGCGUCCGAGGGACCGGUGCAGACGAAGGAUACCCUCGAUGGAAAAUCCGAUAUCCAGGGAUUCUCUCACCAUGCAGAGGACAUCUUGAAUGAUAGGGAGCCCUAUGGCCCUCCGGGCCUUGCGGGCCUAGUCGCCAACCCAUUCGUCUUGAUGUGCGCUGCUUGUUCGACCCUCGGAGGUCUAUUGUUCGGUUAUGACCAAGGUGUCGUGUCGGUCAUCCUAGUUAUGGACCAAUUCCUAGAGCGGUUCCCGGAAGUGUCCCCUGACUCGUCGGGUUCGGGUUUCUGGAAGGGUCUGAUGACAGCAAUGAUUGAGCUGGGUGCCUUGUUGGGCGCUCUGAACCAGGGUUGGAUCGCCGAUAAGAUCUCCAGACGUUACUCUAUCAUUGUUGCGGUUAUUAUCUUUAUCAUUGGCUCUGCCCUUCAAACCGGCGCAGUCGACUACGCGAUGUUGACGGUGGCCCGGUUGAUCGGAGGUGUGGGUAUCGGUAUGCUAUCGAUGGUUGCCCCAUUGUAUAUUUCUGAAAUCAGUCCUCCCGAGUGUCGAGGUACUCUCUUGGUGCUGGAAGAAUUCUGCAUUGUUCUCGGAAUCGUCAUCGCUUACUGGAUUACCUAUGGUACCAGAUUCAUGGCUGGAGAGUGGUCCUGGAGACUUCCCUUCCUGCUGCAGAUGGUCCCCGGCUUUGUUCUCAUUGGCGGUGUCAUGGUUCUUCCGUUCUCCCCCAGAUGGUUGGCCUCCAAGGACCGGUAUGAGGAAGCGCUCGAGAGUCUCUCAAAACUGCGGCGGCUGCCUACUACCGAUAAGCGUGUCCGUCAGGAAUUCCUGGACAUCCAAGCAGAAGUGCGCUUCCACCAAGAAAUGAAUGCGGAGAAGCACCCUCAUCUCCAGGGUGGUGGGCUCAAGGAUGCUUUCCUUCUCGAGAUGGCAUCUUGGGCGGAUUGUUUCAAGCCCGGCUGUUGGAAGAGAACCCACGUUGGUGUUGGACUCAUGUUUUUCCAACAGUUUGUCGGUAUCAACGCGUUAAUCUACUACAGUCCGACUCUCUUCGGAACCAUGGGCCUGGACUACGAUAUGCAGCUUUUGAUGUCCGGAAUCCUCAACGUCACACAACUUGUCGGAGUAAUCACAACUGUGUGGACGAUGGACAGCUUUGGCCGACGCCCGCUACUUCUCUCCGGCGCGUUGAUCAUGACCAUCAGCCAUGUGAUCAUCGCCGUCCUCGUCGGUCUCUACUCGGACAACUGGCCCGCACACCGGCCGCAGGGCUGGGCUUCUGUCGCUUUGCUGCUGCUAUACAUGAUUGCAUUUGGCGCCAGCUGGGGCCCAGUCGGCUGGGCCAUGCCUUCUGAGGUAUUCCCAUCAUCUCUCCGUGCCAAGGGUGUAGCGCUCUCAACAUGCUCCAACUGGCUCAACAACUUCAUCAUAGGUCUGAUCACACCUCCCCUUGUCCAAAACACCGGAUUCGGCGCCUACACAUUCUUCGCCGUAUUCUGUCUACUAGCCUUCUUCUGGACGUUCUUCUUCGUUCCCGAGACCAAGGGUCGCACGCUCGAGCAGAUGGACCACGUGUUUAAGGAUAACUCGAGCGAAGCCGAAGAGGCCCGCCGUCAUGCUAUUGAGGUGGAGCUGCUUCGUGCCGAAGCGGAGAGACACGCCAUGGAAGCUUGA